CGAUCACAUCUGUUGUCCUGGAUGGGUCCAGGCUGCUGGCCUGGGGCUGACCCCUGUGCCUCUACCUUCCAGGCUCAGCGCUGGCGCAGCGAGAACUUUGAGAGGCCCGUGGACCUUGAGGGCUCUGGAGACGAUGACUCCUUUCCCGAUGAUGAGCUGGAUGACCUCUACUCGGGGUCGGGCUCGGGCUACUUCGAGCAGGAGUCGGGCAUUGAGACAGCCAUGCGGUUCAGCCCAGAUGUGGCCCUGGCAGUGCCCACCACGCCCGCUGUGCUGCCCACCACGGACAUCCAGCCUGUGGGCACUCCAUUUGAAGAGCUCGCCUCUGAGCGCCCCACCCCGGAGCCAGCCACCAGCCCCCUGGUGGUGACAGACAUCCCGGAAGAGCCCAGCCAGAGAGCCACCACCAUCGCCACCACCACGGCCACCACUACUGCCAUGACCACAGGGGCCACGACCACAGGCGCCCCAGCUGUGGCCACAGUGCCCGCCACAGUGGCCACUGCCACCCUCAGCACUGCCGCGGCAGCCCCUUCCACGGCCACCACUGCCGUCGUAAGGACCACCGGCACACAGAGGCUCCUGCCUCUUCCACCAACCACGGCAGCCACAGCCCCGGCCACCACCCCCGAGGCGCCCUCCCCUCCCACCACAGUGGCUGUCUUGGACACCGAGGCCCCCACGCCCAGGCUGGUCAGCACAGCUACCUCCUGGCCAAGAGCGCUUCCCAGGCCGGCUGUGACCCAGGAGCCUGACGCCCCUGAGCAGAGCACCCUGCCCUUGGGGACCACUGCCCCUGGACCCACGGAGGUGGCUCAGACCCCAACUCCGGAGUCCUUCCUGACCACCACCCGGGGUGAGCCAGAGGUGCCAGUGACUGGGGGGCCCAGUGGAGACUUUGAGCUGCCAGAAGAAGAGACCACACAGCCAGACACAGCCAAUGAGGUGGUGGCCGUAGGAGGGGCUGCAGCCAAGCCGUCACCUCCACCCGGGACGCUGCCCAAGGGUGCCCGCCCAGGCCCUGGUCUCCUGGACAAUGCCAUCGACUCGGGCAGCUCAGCUGCUCAGCUGCCGCAGAAGAGUAUCCUGGAGCGGAAGGAGGUGCUCGUAGCUGUCAUUGUGGGCGGGGUGGUGGGCGCCCUCUUUGCCGCCUUUUUGGUCACACUGCUCAUCUACCGCAUGAAGAAGAAGGAUGAGGGCAGCUACACGCUGGAGGAGCCCAAGCAGGCGAGCGUCACAUACCAGAAGCCUGACAAGCAGGAGGAGUUCUAUGCCUAGCGGAGCCACAGUGCCUCCCUGCAGCCUCAACAUUGCCCUCUGUCCAGUCCCCAGCCUGGCCCCACCAGCCUGGGCUGGGGACUGGGCCUGGGAGAGAGCCUGGCCCUAGUUCUUCUCUGCCCUCCCUCCCAGCGCCUGACCAGGCUGCCAGCCUCACACAGAUCUUCCUUGAGGAACAAAGGGCACUGCCAUCUGCCCCGGACUGUGCCCUUAUGAGCUCAUCUCUUGUCUCCUCCUCCAUACUAGCCUGGAGCUUCGGGACCUCGUGUCAGACGGAUAGGAGGAAGGAAGCUCCUAAUCGUCUCGUGGAAGAAAGUACGGGGCUUGAGAUGGGCCUGAGCCCCAACCUGGCUCCCACAGGGCUUUCUGAGGUCUCCUUUUUGGGACAGAGAGGCACUCAGGCUGGUUUCCAGGACAAACAUUUGGCAAACUCAGCCCUUGAAACCAUCUAGACACUGCACCCUCUCACUCCUGUGCCAGGGCCUCUCUGCCUGGGUGAGAGGGUGUCCCUUGUUGCCAGCCUGUUUUGUCCUGGCCUCUCUGGGGUUGUUGAAUAAUUCUGCCUCUCCCCCGCCAAGUGCACACACGCCCCAGGCUUCACCUCUUUCUGCGUCUUCCCCUGAGGAAACAGCUUCUUGAGAGUGCUAGGGUAGCCACUGUCGAGAAGGGGCUGCUCUGAUGUUCCUCCUGUGAGGGGACUCUGCACAGACACCAUCGCCCACACUGUCACACAUAUUGUCACGGUCAUACACAAGACAAAAGCAUGAAAUGACAAAAUCAUACACAAUCAUGACCACUCAGCCAGUCAAGACAUAUCACAGAAACACAUAUUCUUCCAAAGAUAUUUAUCCUCAUGUGUUGCUUACGUCCCUGGACACUUACUACGAUGCAAGUCAGUAGUCAUGGUCACCUAACAGUGACAGUGUAGCCUCCCUCCACCCCCAGUACACACACACUCUGGUACCACACACGUUGUCUCCAGCUUUCAGGUUCAUUGGGAGGGUGGAAUCGAGCCGGAACAAUCAGCCCAUAUUGGGUCACCUUGAGUUGCCCCGUCACACUUAGCCCCACACCAUGGCACCCACAGCAACCACACAGCCACCAACCCUGCCCUGUGUCACACACAAUCCCACGUGGAUGCACCCCACAGGACCAUAUUCUCAACACCGGAGGGAGGCAGGUGGGCCCUUGCCUUUCCUGGAGUAAAAUGUGGGGCCACAAGCCCUCUCAAGGCGGUGCACGCCGGGCGGGCCUGGCCUCACCCCUGCCUUCCCUCCCCUCUGUAGCUCACAAAAGGGGAGGCUCGGAGCCAGGCCCCCACCAGCUGGGAGCCUGGGGCCUCUCUGAGCCUGGGGAAAGAAGGGAUUGGUUCCUGAAACUUGGCCCCAGGCUGUGGAGGGUGCUUGGGUCUCUCAGGACCAAAGGCCCUGAGUGGGGAGGGGCAUGUGGUCAGCCUCCUAGUGUCCCUGUGUCCCCUUCCUGCUCUGAGCUAGGGGGCCGACUGCCUCCCGGGACACAAAUCCCCAAAGUGCCUGUGAGGGCGGGCCCUCUGCCCAUGCCCUCCGCACCCUCUGCCUGGCCAGGCCAACCUCAGCCCCCCACCCCCUGCCCUGAGGCCCUCCCCCUGGCAGCUACCCUCGG